AUGACGUGGCUGCGGCACUUCGCUUUCGCUACGGCGCUUUGCCUGCCUGUUUCUGCAGAGACUUGGACAUUCGAGCCGGAGUGCGGCUUGGCUGUUUCAGUCAAGGAGCCCCCUCGCGCAGCAGACGCUCCGACGAAAUUUAUAGCAGAAACUGGUGGCUGGGGUUUCAGCUACGGACCUCUGCCGACUCGCAAACCGGGUUCAUUUCCCAAUGACGACAUGAUGACAGAGGCUAUUCAAGGCCAGUGGGGUCUUGGCGGUCGAGACGACAUAGCGAUAAUAGCACGAAUGGGAGCCAAGAUGUUGCGCUUGUACGGGAAUGACCCACGGUUCGACGGCAAAAAGUUUCUGGACUACGCGAACAGAUUGGGCCUGAAGGUCGUGGCUGGCAUCUCAGACUACCCCUACGAGCAUGGGCCCGGCAAGUGCUGGAAAAAUGACCUGAACUGCUAUGAAGCCAUUCGCGAGUCCUAUAGCGCCACGCUGGAGAACAAAAGCUUUGUGGCACAUGGCAAGUAUCACCCUGCCCUGGAUACCCUGGUUCUGACAAACGAGCCUGACCUCAAGUUCACAGGCGUCCCAGGCCGAAACUACAUGAAGGCGGUGCUCAGCGCCUUUGAUGGUGUACUGGCUGCCGAAAAGGCGAUAGGAUUGGAUGUCACCUCCCCUGAGAACAUCAAGUUCACGGCUGCUUUCUCCUACCAGGUAUGCCCCAGGUGUAACCACAUCCUGGAAUUGAGGUCCCUGGGAUGUUGCAUCAGUUGUGCUGCAACGAACACCUGUGGUUCCCUCGGACAAGUCGGCAAAGCGCAGGAGGACGGGGGCAUGAGAUGCCCAAAUGUGCGGAAGCCGUUCCAUGCAGACGACUGCCCAGGAUUGCCCAUGAUACUGGAUGUGCACAAGGCCAUGGAGGAUCCAAGCAGCGUGGGCUACUCCUUCAAGACCGAGGGCUGGGAGAAAGCCUUCGAGAAUCGCUGGAUACACUCUUUCAAUGGUUUCGUGGGUGCUGAUGCACUGGACCAGCAGUUCAUACAGAAGUACUCAAAGUUGCCUUUCAACGUGAACAAGCCUGUGGACAAGAUGAUCAAGGUCUUCAUGGGCGAGUAUGGUGAUCCAAACCUGGCAAGAAAACCAAAUGACCUCAAAGUCGACUUGGACAAGGCACGUAGGUUGGUCGAGGACAAGACGAAUGCUUUCGUUGGCUUUAACUUCUUCCAGUACCAGGUCGCCUACUGGAAGCCAUGCGAGGACAGCGACGGUUGGGAUCGUUGGGAAGGGGAGGCUUGGGACAAUCCUAUGAGCAAACCUCUUCCACGUGGCUGCAAUGAAAGGCUCUAUGGCACAUUCUCGCUGGGAGACAUACAGGUCAGCAAGACAGGUGGCAUUAACUACGACAGCCACAACGUGUACCCAAUCCAGUGCGUCAAGCCCAUCUUCCGAGGCAAGCCCCAGGCUAUCGCUGAUGCCUACGGUGGUUCUGCGCCAAACACGACAACUUGCGAAGCAGGUUGGGAGGCAAAGCCAAAGCAGUACUGUGUCGCUUCCAGAGGACUCGGCAUGCUUGGGCAUGGUUGGGCAGCACAUGCGCCACAAUGA